ACAGCCAUGCUGAGAGCUACCGCCCUUGCCUUUGCUCUUGGCUUUGCUGCUCAGACUGAUGCCUUCAUGAGCUCUCCCUCUACCAUUGGUGCUCCACGAAGGGCUGCCAUGGUCAGCCGCCGUGGACGUGCUUCCAUUGCCCCUACCAUGGGUCACAAGUGGGACGGCGAUCGCAAGAUGAGAGUAGCCAUUGUUGGUGGUGGUCCCUCCGGCUCUUGCGCUGCGGAGAUCUUCGCUCAGGAGCCCAACAUCGACACCUACAUCUUCGAGAGGAAGAUGGACAAUGCCAAGCCAUGCGGUGGAGCUAUCCCUCUGUGCAUGAUCGAGGAGUUCCAGAUUCCUGAAGAGGUGGUCGACCGCAAGGUUCGCAAGAUGCUUAUGAUCUCCCCCACUGGCAAAGAGGCACCCAUUGGUCAGACUCUCAGAGACGACGAGUAUAUCGGCAUGACCAGGCGUGAGAUCCUCGAUGGUUUCCUCCGCGAUCGCGCCAUCAAGCUCGGUGCCAAGCCCAUCAAUGGCCUUGUCACUGGUAUCGACCUUCCCGAGGGCAACUCCGAGACCAAGCCCUACAAGAUUCACUACACCAACUACAACGGACAGAAGGUCGGAACCCCCGAGGAGCUCGAUGUCGAUCUCAUCAUUGGAGCUGAUGGCGCCAACUCUCGCGUUGCCAAGGCGAUCGAUGCUGGCGAGUACAACUAUGCCAUUGCCUUCCAGGAGCGUAUCAGGAUCAAUGAUCAGCAGAUGGCCUUCUAUGAGGAGCUCGCUGAGAUGUACGUCGGCGAUGACGUGUCACCUGACUUCUACGGUUGGGUGUUCCCCAAGUACGACCACGUUGGUGUCGGAACUGGAACUGUUGUGAACAGACCUGCUAUCAAGCAAUACCAGAACGCUAUCCGCGAGCGCGCUGGCAAGAAGAUCGAGGGAGGAAAGAUUAUCAAGGUUGAGGCUCACCCUAUUCCUGAGCACUACAGACCCAAGCGUGUUCUCAAUCGUGCUGCACUUGUUGGAGAUGCUGCUGGUUACGUCACCAAGUGCUCUGGAGAGGGAAUCUACUUUGCUGCGAAGUCUGGCCGCAUGGCUGCUGAGGCCAUCACCAAGCUCACACAGGGAGGAACUGUUCUUCCCACCCAGGAGGAGAUUGAGGAUACUUACUUGAGACGCUAUGACCAGCUCUACGGACCGACCUACGCCGUCCUCGACGUGUUGCAGCAGGUCUUCUACCGCUCCAACCCGGCCCGUGAGGCUUUUGUUGAGAUGUGUGAGAGCGAGUACGUCCAGAAGGUUACCUUCGACUCCUACUUGUACAAGAAGGUCACUUCCGGGGGCCCCGUCGAGGACUUGAAGCUUCUCUUCAACACUGUUCGCAGCUUGGUUAAGCAGAACCUUCGCUCCGACAUCCCCAAGGAUGCCAAGUUCUACAACCCUGUUGAGUCCCUCCAGCGCCUCGGCAAGUAAACUAUACUAGCUCCUGUGUUUUUCCCUCGUAACGAUAUGUUGAUUAAAGAUAGUUUUCAUCUUG